AUGCCCCCUAAGCGGAAGAGAUCUGCUGUAGCAGCUACGGUGCCUACGACCGAAGAGGCGCCCCCAAUGGACCGAUCACAGAUGCGCCGAACAGACGUGCCUUUGCCGUCAAACGUCGCGAAGCCUCCUCGUCGCCAAACGACGCGUGGGGGAAAGGCUGAAAAGACCGACCCUAAUCUCAACCCUGACAUCCUCGAUGGAGUCACUGCAUUACGCGCAUCGCCUGACGGACACGAAAGCGCCGCGCAUGAUGCUGUGCUGGAAUCUGCCGUCAGCAACGGUACUGCGAAUGAGGCGAAUACUGCAUCAGGUGCGCCUGCGAAGAAGAAGGCGCCCUCAGCACCUGCCACAAACGGCGAUGGGCCCGUAGCGAAUGGCGCCGCCCCUGCAGCGAAUGCUGCAAAGAACAAGCGAAAGAAGGCCGGCGCCCAGCAAAUCAAAGUGGAAGAGGAAGACACCAACAACGGCGCCGUGAAUGGCGUAGCUGGAAAUGUCACUGCACCUGCAGCCAGCACUGGGGUAGCGGCAGAUCCCGACGAUGUCGAUAACCUCGAGGCUGAGGACGAAGACGAGGCAGAGGUCCAGGAAGCCCUGUCGAGACCCCCACCGGUCAACUCUGAAUACCUUCCUCUUCCGUGGAAAGGACGACUUGGCUAUGCCUGUCUCAAUACAUACCUCCGCAGUGCUACCCCUCCCGUCUUCAGCUCCAGAACCUGCCGCAUCGCGAGCAUCAUCGAACAUUGCCAUCCCCUGAAGGACCCCUCCCAGCCCGAACAUGCCACUAAGAAUCGCCCCGAUAAGGAACAACCAGCGGAUGUCGCGCGGGGCAUGAAAUACGUCGAAGAGAUUGGCCUCGCUAAUGCGCGGGAUAUCAUCAAGAUGGUGCGCUGGAACGACAGGUACGGCAUCAAGUUCAUGCGCUUGAGUAGCGAGAUAUUCCCGUUUGCAAGCCAUGACGAGUAUGGCUACAAGCUUGAGCCCUUCGCUGCCGAGACGUUGCGUGAAGCAGGCAAAGUGAUCGGUGAGCUGGGUCAUCGAGUGACUACUCAUCCGGGCCAGUUCACACAAUUGGGCUCUCCGCGAAAACAGGUCAUUGACAACGCUAUGCGUGAUCUGGAGUAUCAUGCUGAGAUGCUUUCUCUUCUGAAGCUUCCAGAGCAGCAAGAUCGGGAUGCUGUCAUGAUCCUACAUCUCGGUGGGGCAUAUGGCGACAAGCCAGCGGCCAUUGAGAGGUUCAAGGAGAACUAUGCAAGGCUUCCUCAAGGAGUCAAGAACCGUUUGGUGCUUGAGAACGACGACGUUGUAUGGAAUAUGCAUGAGUUGUUGCCUCUAUGUGAAGAGCUUAACAUCCCAUUCGUGCUCGACUACCACCAUCACAACAUCCUCUUUGACGAGACUCAAAUCCGUGAAGGUACCAAGGAUGUCAUGGAUUACUAUCCCCGUAUUCUUGCAACAUGGGAGAAGAAAGGGAUCACGCCCAAGAUGCAUUACUCUGAGCAAACACCUCCUGCGAUUACUCGCACGAAGCGGAGAAAGCAUUCACCCCGCGUCAUGACAUUUCCUCCCUGCCCUGACACGAUGGACUUGAUGAUCGAGGCAAAGGACAAGGAGCAGGCUGUAUUUGAGCUCAUGCGAACUUUCAAGCUGCCAGGCUUCGAAACUUUCAACGACAUUCUGCCACAUACGCGCCAGGAUGAGAACAAGCCCUGGAAGCCCAAGCCCAAGAAGGCUGUCAAGAAGAGCAAGAAGAAGAAGACCGACGAGCUCGAUGAGCUGGAUGCGAAGAUUGAAGAGGAAGAGCCAGAAGACGUACCCCCACCCAUUGUACCUGACGAGGAAGUAGGCAUGGGAGGACCAGAGGGAAGAGUGUACUGGCCACCAGGAAUGGAGGACUGGCUCAGACCCCCAAAACGGAUCAUCAAGAAGAAAGAAGACGGCGCCGCUACGCCAGCGAAGAAGAAGCGCAAGACCGCCGCUGACGCGGCCUCCAUAGCAAGUGAAGCCGCUCCACUCGAGGAUGUCAAGACGCCCAUCAAGACACCAGCCAAGAAGGCCGCACCAGCUAAGCGAGCAGCAGCUUCAUCGACUAAGAAGAAGGCAGCAGCAAAGUCCGUGCCAACACCUUCGGCGUCAGACGAAGAGGAUGAUCAACUUAGCUCACCCCCGCUUAGCGAAGGGACCGAGGACGAGGCUCCUGCUGUGCAGAAGCGAAAUGCACGACCUGCCGCAACACGGAAGAAGUCUGGCAGGGCCACGGCCCAAGUAAGCUACAAGGAAGAAGCGGAUGAAAUGAGCAUGUAG